CAUGUCUCACCCGUCAGUUUCGUUGUUAGACACGGUGCCCUUGGUAUUCGUAGCAACGUCGAUUAGCGCCGUGGAGUCUACAGGCAAGUGGGUGGAGAAAUUGUUGAAGCCGAGCAAGCUGCGAGCCAUCCAGGAGGAGGAUGGCACCACCGUCGCCGUCGCCGUCGCCGCGAGUGUGCGUGACCGGGGGCGGCGGGUACAUCGCUUCAUGGCUCGUCAAGCUGCUCCUCUCCCGGGGCUACGCCGUCCACGCCACCGUCCGCGACCCAUGUGACCAGAAGAACGCGCAUCUGAUGCAGCUGGACGGCGCGGCGGAGAGCCUGAGCUUGUUCAAGGCCGACGUGCUGGACAGCGCCGCGCUGGCGGCCGCCGUCGAGGGGUGCGAGGGCGUCUUCCAUGUCGCCUCCCCCGUCCCUGCGGAUAAGAUCGCCGAUCCUGAGUCAGAAGUCAUGGUGCCUGCCGUGAAGGGCACCUUAAAUAUUCUUGAGGUUUGUUCAUCUCUGAAGGUUCAGAAGGUUGUGGUGGUGUCAUCCACUGCUGCCGUUCAUUAUGAUCCCAACUGGCCUCAGGGUAAACCCAAAGACGAGAGUUGCUGGUCGGACAGAAAAGUUUGCCGGGACAAUGAGAUCUGGUAUUGUCUUGCUAAAACUGUUGCUGAAGAGACAGUUUGGGAAUAUGCAGAGAAGAACGAGCUAAAUGCUGUUACAGUAUGCCCUUGUAUUGUUUUGGGGCCACAAUUGCAACGUGUUGUCAAUACUACAAGCGAACUCCUUCUCUAUGUCAUAAAAGGAGAUCCUGAUGUGUUGAAUGACAUGCUGUGGCACAUAGUCGAUGUCCGUGAUGUGGCGGAUGCCCUGCUUCUGGUAUAUGAGAAACCAGAAUCAUCUGGGAGGUAUAUCUGCGCACCGAAUUACAUUAGCGCAAAGGCUAUGCUGGAGUUUCUAAAGAAGAGGUACCCUGACUACAACUAUGUAAAAUGCAAGGCUGAUGUGCAUCAGAACUCUCGUAUCACGCCGAUCGUGUCGGGAAAAUUGAGUGAUCUGGGCUGGAAGCCGAGGGCACUGGAGGAGACGCUUCUGGACAGCAUCGAAUACCACCGGAAGACGGGAAAUCUGCAGGAUGUGGAGGGACAGACCUACCGCCUUCCUGAUAUUUUCCGUCAUUUUCAAGCUGCCAACGAAUGAGUCGAGAGCGCAGAGCGGCAGUGGACAGUGCUUUAUACUUAUGUCAUUGUCCUUGUGACUGCUGAAUAUUUUAGGAAAUAGUUAAGGAUCUGCUGGGAAGAUGAUAGGAGACCAGAGAGAGUGAAGCUGCUCGUUGCCUCGCCGUAGAUUGGUUGUGGCAAACACAACUUUACGGUUCAGGAUCGUAUCCCCUGAUUUUCUGCUGUGCUGUGCCCACUGUCCAGGUUUCAUAAAUGACGCAAACUGUAUUACAAAUAUUGUUCAGAACAUUUUACACUUUGCCGCUCU